AUGGAUGUGAAGCGGUGGUUAUUCACUUUGUUGCUGCUAAAAAUGAAUUUUGGAGAAUUGGAUGAAGUAGUAGAUGAUGAAAAGGAACUACUGGAAGAUCCAACCACUAACUAUUACACUCAUCCAAUACGCAGUAGUGUAAUUUUUGUCAAGACUGUAUUUCGAGAAAAGUGCAAAAAAUUUACAUUUUCUACGUGGUACAGUAAUGAAUCAGCAACGCCAUAUGUCAUCUAUGAGACAACUGAAAGCGGAGCAAGAUUGACAUUUGGAUAUGAUUACGAUCGAGUUCCGUUCACAUCGUUGGAUAGUGGACACAGUAAGAUGAAAGAUUCCAUCUCUGAAGAUAUCGCUGCCAUGCCGUACGGUUUCUCAUUCAUUAUUUUAUACGGAAGCUGGAAAGCCAAUCUCGUUUUCAAUGGAAGAUUUUAUUUCAUCAAUGGACGUAGUAGAAUGUUGAUGAAUGCCAGAUUCGAUUCCACGAAACCGGCAGCGUAUGUUUCCGGCUGUGAUCCACGAAAACAACGAAUUAUUAUUCGUCAAAGUCCUUAUGUGGAUCCUUUCAACUGGGGAAGCUAUCUGUGGAUGUCGAAUAUGCGACCAUUGGGAUUAAUCCAACCGGACAAUACUGUCAUUUGUUCCUUACGAUACUUUCCGGCUGGUCAAGGAUCAUUCAUGCUCGGCGCAUAUGGCCAACGAAAUCGGAGCUAUCUUCAUUCUCCUCGUUCAUUUAUGGGAUUGACACUGAAUCAUGACAGAACUCGUUUCUUUGAUAUACUUUCCGACAAGAAAAAGCUCUUUCUUACCUUAUUUGGAGCUUAUGACAAAAGCAAUCAUGUUUUACUGGAGGAGACGUAUGACGAAUAUGACCUAAGUAUUGCUAUGACCUUUCAUGAUUCAACAAUUAGAUAUCGAGUAACCGGAAGCAUCGAUACCACUUAUAAGAGUGAAUGUGGUAGCACACCUGAUGGUCUUCCGGAUCCGUGCAAACCUGAUCCUCAUGAUUUUUAUUUCAGCUGCUUGCAUGUUGGGUAUUAUUUAACUGAAGAGCGGGAGACAAUUCCUAAUCGAACCGCCAGUCGUUGUACCCUAGCUGGUCCAAGUCCCUACAGAAGCAUACUUGAUCGAAGUCAACAGUUGAGAUACACAUACGCAUACUGGGAAGAUCUAUCACUUAUGCAUAUGCAAGAUGAGGGAAAUAUCACUUUGGUUAUCGAUGGAGUGCAAAUGAUACCUCCACCGGAACCGGAAAUUUGCCACACAAGCACUUCUGAUUUUGACUGGUUCUGA